AUGCCAUCAGCAGCUGAACAUAUUCAAGAAUUGAUUCAUCAAUAUCCUGUGGUUGUUUUCUCCAAAUCAGCAUGUCCGUAUUGUCGAACAGCGAAGAAGCUUCUGUCGAAAUACAAUUUAAAAGACAAUUGUUACGUACUCGAACUGAAUGAACUAUCGAAUACCGAUGAAUAUCAAGAUGAAUUAAAGAAUUUAACUGAUGAUCGCGCCGUACCACAAAUAUUCAUUGGCGGCAAAUGUAUCGGCGAUGAAGAAGAUUUGGAAAAUUUAGAAAAACAAGGUGAUUUAACAGUUUUAUUGAAAAAACAUAAAGCAAUCGAAGACUUGUAA